AUGGCCGGCGUUAAAGCUUAUGAACUAAGAACCAAGAACAAGGAACAACUAGAAUCCCAACUAGUCGACUUGAAGAAGGAAUUGGCUGAAUUGAAGGUCCAAAAACUUUCAAGACCAAGCUUGCCAAAGAUCAAGACUGUCAGAAAGGACAUUGCUCGUGUCUUGACUGUCAUGAACCACCAACAAAGAGAGGCCGUUAGACAAUUGUACAAGGGUAAGAAGUACCAACCAAAGGACUUGAGAGCUAAGAAGACCAGAGCUUUGAGAAGAGCUUUGACCAAAUUUGAAGCUUCCAGAAUCACUGAAAAGCAAAGAAAGAAGCAAAUCGCUUUCCCACAAAGAAAGUACGCUAUCAAGGCUUAA